AUGAAAGACUCACUCCCGCUCUCUCCGCCCAGCAAGCUGCAGAAGGCGAAUACCAUAGGCCAAUUGGACGAUGUAGGCGGGGGAUAUACCUCAGAUUCAGCCGGGAGUUCGAAUGACAGUUUAUUCUUCAGUGAAACGUCGAGAUCGACCAAACGCCAGCGCCAGAUGGCGACGCGGAAGAAGAACUCAAACACGUCAGAGACACCAGAGAAAGGAGGCAAGAAGAGAGUCGCGUCUGCUUCGGCAGCGAGGCAGGAAGUGAUACCAGAGAAGAGGCAGAAGACCGUUGAGCCUGCUGAGCCUGUUGAGCGUGUGGACGAAACUGCUGCCUUGCCCGUCAGAUCAAUGAACCCAUUCAAAACCACAGUCCAGUUCAUCAUCGGGCCAGACGAGGAGGAGUUCCAGGUUCACUCGUUUUUGCUAGAAUCUACUGGGCUCUCGGCCUUCUUCGACUUGGGAAAAUCUACAGGUCCAGUCAAGCGUCCGGACCUAGACUCCAAGGCAUUCACAGACCUGGUGGAAUGGCUGUAUGGCGCCCACAUGCGGCCUGGAGUGGCCGUGGACACGGCUGCAAAGUACAACAAUUUGAUUGAUUUGUACUCUAUUGGCCAGAAGAUGGGAGGAGAAAGCUGGAUGAAGCUGGUUAUGAAGCAGAUGCUUGAACUAUUCGAUCAGACCGGGAGAAAGGUCCCGGCAGAGCUGGCUUCCGUUGUAUACGAGAAAUUCUCCCGGGGAAGCGGAAUGAGACGUCUAUGGGUGACCUUGAACGUCGUUGGCGAGAUGGAGGGAGAGUGUGCCAAUGUUGACUUUCUGCAAGAAGUGAACCGGAUGCAACGAUCCGUGAUACAGAAGGAAAAGAUCUAUAUGGAAAGCCUGCUGGAGCCUUUCAGGCAGCAAAAGAAGCCACCGGGCCCAAAACCACAACCCGUUUCUGGAGAGCCAUCAGCAUCGCAGAACGGCACGACAGCCCAGCCUGCUAAAGGACUUGUUGAAAAGCAGCGCCAGCAACAGGAGAAGCAAUCACAGCCGCGGUCACAGCCAGAAACCGCAUCUCAGCCAAACGGAGAAGGGAGGACACAAGCUAACUCGGCAUCAACACCACAGAGUCAGAGGAGCCAAAAGAGCCGUGGGCUCACUACCUGUGAGGAUUUAUUGAGGAAAUUCCAAUCCGGACAACCGAAGGACGAUGCAGCAUGA